AUGCGUACAUACCAGAAACCAAUAAUGUUUCCAUUUUUAGAGGACUCUACCCUCGUUCGUGGACGGAAUACAAAGUGCCCUCGUGCAAUCUCUCGGUCACAUUGCGACAAGUUAAUCCCGUCUUUCCGAACAACUACAAGGAAACUUCAUUCCCCACAACCGCGUUUAUUUUCGAUGUUGACAAUAGAAGUAAUGUUGAAUAUGAGGUAUCAAUUGCUUUUGUGUUUCGCAACGGAACGGGUAAAAGAAGAUCGGAUCUUGCUGCCGGUUGCACAGCGGAAAACUUUGAGGAAAAUGAUAUUGCGGGUGUCGCUUUGCAACACAAGAUCGAUAAUGACGUACGGGUUGGCAACACGAGUUAAAUCUGAUCAAAUCACUUCAUUGUGUCGUUCCUUUGACCCUUGUGGAAAUGGGUUGACGUUGUGGCAACAUCUUGCUGAGACUGGAAAUCUGCCUGGUGAAGCCGAUCUUCCGUAUCCGGCUCGUCUGGGUGUUGGUGUUUGUGUAAAAGGAGUCGUGCCACCAAAAAGCACUCGCUCGGAUUGGGCCGAAUUCUCGUUAGCUUGGGACAUGCCGAAGGUGAAACUCGGCGAUGGAAGACGAGAAUACAAAAGGCGAUACACCCGAUUCUUCGAUUCAUUGGAGGGACUCGCGGCGAAAUUCGAAGAUCAACGAGUGAGAGGAACCGUUUUUGAGACAUUCAUAUUUGCCCGAAUGGUACAAAGCCGCGCUUUUCAACGAGCUCUACUACAUGACCGACGGUGGCUCAGUGUGGUUCGAGAACCUCAUCUUUCUCCUUACACGCAAGCGUUGAUGAAAAGGCAUGGUCGUUUUGGGUAUCUUGAAUCAUGGGAAUAUCGAAUGGUGACCACCUAUGAUGUGCAUUUUUAUGCUUCUUAUGCGAUCGCCUCUCUCUGGCCGGAUUUGGAGUUUUUUGGACCAUUCAAGCGGAAUUCACUGAUCAAAGCCCGCGUACCACAUGAUUUAGGAAAUCCAGCGCAAGAUCCCUGGUUGUUGACGAACGCCUAUGUGAUGCACGACACUGGAAAAUGGAAAGAUCUCAACUUGAAAUUCGUGCUCACUUCAUGGCAUCAUGUCUACCCGGUUGUUAAGUUGCUGAUCAACGAUGCGCUUGAUUGUUGGGAUCAAGACCGUGAUGGAAUGAUCGAGAACUUCGGGAAAGCCGAUCAAACACAUGAUGCAUGGCAGAUGGAGGGCGUCAGUGCUUAUUGUGGAUCGCUUUGGUUGGGCGCUUUGAGGGUGGCGGUGGCGAUGGCUGAAGAAUGUGGCGAUAUUGAAAGCUCGAUUCGAUACCAUCAAACACUUGUCAAAGCUAAGCAAGUGUUUAUCGACAAGCUUUGGAACGGAGCCUAUUUCAACUUUUGCGAGCGCUCAAAGAGUCGUGAUUCGGUAAUGGCUGAUCAAUUGUGCGGGAUCUGGUUUUUACAAAGUUGCUCACCGGAAAUGGCUGCUGAGUUGGUUCCUACUGAGAAAGUGUCGAAAGCUUUGGCGACGAUCUACGAGUUGAACGUGUGCAAAUUUGGUGAUGGGAAGAUGGGCGCCGUGAAUGGAAUGAGACCCGAUGGGACUUUGGAUCGAGCGUACAUACAGGCCGAUGAAAUGUGGACUGGUGUCACGUAUGCGGCUGCUGCUUUUAUGAUUCAACAGGGAGAACUUCAACGGGGCUUCGACACAGCUUUUGGCAGUUAUGACUCGUGUUUUGAGCGCUUCGAGCUACAAUUUCAAACUCCCGAGGCCAUCUACGAGAAGAAAUUCUAUUGCGCGAUCGGCUACAUGAGACCACUAUCUAUUUGGGCGAUGCAAUGCGCACUUGAGCGUUUCUACAAAUUUGGCAAAAUCGAUAAGCACUCGAGUAUUCAGGGACUUCAGCCAACAACGCCCGCGAUUCCCAGCCCGUGCCCAUCGGCGAACGAUCGUUCACUCGUGGAUAGCCAAUCGGAGGGAUAUUGCAGCGAGAAGCGAGACGAAUCGAAUCAGGUACUUGUCGACUCCGAUCUUUCGACAUCGAAUGGAAGGUACUCUCGAGAAUAUUGCGAUUUACGCUUCAUAAAAGUUGGCAAUCUCAAAGGAAUUAGUCGAAGAACGAUUGAAAUUUUUGAUAUCAGUACAAGAAGGAAUGUAAUAGCAGAGAUGGGAAACAAUGACAAAUCACGUAUCAUCCUCACCAUGUCGGCAGCCGUUGCCUUGGCUCUGGAGAAGAUUGAGAUCCUUAAAGCGUUUUCUGAUGAGACACCAGACAAGGAAGUUGAGAAAGACGUUGAACAGAAGUCGGAGAAGUUGAAUUAUGAAACCAGGCGCUAUUAUUUGGAUCUCAAGCAAAACGUUUCUUGCGAAUUGCGCAAACCGAAAAGGGCGAUCUCUUACAACGUUUGCAUGUCUCGAAGUCAGAUGGUGAUUCCCGGAGAGGAGGCUAAACGGUUUCGCGGUGAAGGCGGCAAGAUGUUCUACUCGCUUGAUUUAUUAUUGCAAAACAGUGAAGCAAGCUUCCGCACCUCGAUCACCGUUCGAUUUAUUCGUUGGCGAAAUUCCGAGGGGCUCAGCAAGAUCAUCGACGGCUUUGAAAAAGUUGAUGGAACUGCAGAA